CGAAUUCCCUCAGAUCAGUCCGUACUGUUUAGUCAGACAUUCACACCCUAUGAGUUAUCACUUUCCUAUUGCUUACCUUCCAAGCAAAGUCGACCUGCUGGAUUCCCCGCCGCCGGCGCCGCCGCCGGAGAUGAAUCUAUAGCAACGGCAGUAGUACUUUUGAUUCGAAGUUCGAUCGAAGGAUCUGGAAGCGAUGGGGUCAGAGACGGUUACUCUGGUCCUGGUCAAUCUGGCCGCGAUAAUGGAGCAAGCCGACGAAUCUCUGCUGCCGGGGGUUUACAAGGAGGUCGGCGCCGCGCUGCACGUCGAUCCGACGCGGCUCGGCUCGCUGACGCUGUUCAGAUCGAUUGUGCAGUCGUCGUGCUACCCGCUCGCGGCGUACCUCGCCGUCCGGCAUAACCGUGCGCACGUCAUCGCCGUCGGAGCGUUCCUGUGGGCCGCUGCUACUUUUCUUGUCGCAAUCUCGUCUACUUUCGCUGAGGUGGCCAUAUCAAGAGGCUUAAAUGGGAUCGGUCUGGCUAUAGUGACGCCAUCAAUCCAAUCCCUUGUUGCAGAUUCAACUGAUGACACCAAUCGCGGGACUGCCUUUGGAUGGUUACAGCUGACAGGAAGGUUAGGUUCGAUCAUCGGUGGUCUAAUCUCCGUCCUGAUAGCCUCCUCAACAUUCAUGGGGAUUCCUGGCUGGAGAAUUGCUUUCCACAUAGUUGGCCUCAUAAGCAUUGUCAUCGGCAUUCUAGUCCGCCUCUUGGCAAACGAUCCCCGAUUCUCUGAUAUAGAUGGCAAGCCAAAGGCUCGAUCUCCUCCAAAACCUUUUUCCGAAGAAGUGAAGGACCUGAUUAAGGAAGCCAAAUCAGUUAUCAAGGUCCCGUCAUUUCAAAUCCUUGUUUGGCAGGGUGUAUUCGGAUCGUUCCCCUGGUCGUCAUUAUCAUUCGCCCCAAUGUGGUUGGAGCUUAUGGGCUUCUCCCACAAGACAACAGCAACCAUAUGGACUCUGUUCAAUGUUGCUGGAUCAUUGGGAGGUUUGUUUGGCGGGAAGAUGGGCGAUAUUCUUGCAAAACGUUUGCCAAACACCGGAAGGAUCAUUCUCUCACAAAUAAGCUCGGGCUCUGCUAUCCCUCUAGUAGCCAUUUUGAUGUUGGGGCUGCCCGACGAUCCUUCUGCCGCAGUGAUGCAUGGCUUCAUGUUCUUUAUUACUGGGCUCUUUAUUUCUUGGAAUGCUCCGGCAACUAAUAAUCCAAUAUUUGCUGAAAUAGUUCCUGAAAGAGCUCGAACCAGCAUAUAUGCACUGGACCGAUCCUUCGAAUCAGUACUGUCUUCAUUUGCUCCGCCAGUUGUGGGAAUUUUAGCUCAGAAUGUUUACGGAUACAAGCCUCCCCCGAAGGGAUUGUCGACAGACUCAAAAGUGAUCGAAACUGACCGGGAAAAUGCAGCAUCGCUGGGGAAAGCACUCUACACUGCCAUAAGCAUCCCUAUGGUGAUUUGCUGUGUGUUCUACUCCUUCCUCUAUUGCACAUAUCCAAGGGACAGAGAUCGCGCGAAAAUGGAUGCUUUGAUCGAGUCUGAAAUGCAGCAGUUGGAGACAGAGAAUUUUGUCGAAGAAGAACACACAGGCUCGGGACAGAAUCAGCUGCUCGAAAAUGACAGAAGCGUGAUUGAUAUCGAUUAUGAAAAGGAUGAGAGUGUUGAUUUUGAUGAAAAUGAUGAACAGAGGCUGCUUCAACACGAACAAUCGCAUUCGGACACAAACAGGUCGUGACACGAUCCCGGGUUCGCCUUGCAACGCAUCUGUUAAGAUAUGUUGAAUGUUUGUGAGGCAGGAAACUUCAUUGAGGUAAGUGCAGAAAUCAUGUAAGAACACUUUUUAUAUGUUUCUUCCCUGAUUGUAAAUUUGUUAGAAAUAGAAAGAUAUGAAAAUUUUGUGUGUAAUUUGUACUUGAUUUUAUUGUUUGUGUUUCCACUCAUGUUAUGAUAAAGCCCGUUCAGUUUUUUUGAAAAA